UACACACAUUUUAUUACUAAGAUCAAGAAUUGUUGUGGUGUCAAAAUGUGUUGUGUAUUACUUGGUUAUAAUACAUUUGUAAUUAUUUUUAGCCCCGUUGGGCGAAUGCGUGGCGAACAAAACAUGUGAUAGAACAAUGAAUGUUACGUAAGAAUUAUCAAUUCAAGUUGCGGUGCGAACCAGUUGUUUAAGAUGCCGUUCGAAGUUUUGAAAUCGUUGAAGGUUCUUAUGUGGAAGCACCUUAUGGUGCGCGGUAGGAAAUAUAUACUCACUUCCAUGGAAUUGCUGUUGCCCCUGGUAUACUUCUUGUUAAUUCAUCUUAUUUGCCUCCAUUUUGCAAAUAAGAGACUUUUUCCAAUAAUGAUAGAGAACAUGCAAAUUACCAAUCUUCAAGAUACCGAAUCACACCCACAAAACGAAACAAAGCGGGAUCACAGAUAUUUAGACCUUCUUUUGUACACUCCAGAUACUAAUUCAACGCGACAGCUCAUGGACGAAGUAGGGCCACAGCUAAAUCUGGAUCGUUUGGACCAACUAUCUGUGGACUCCUUGAAUACGAAAAAGUACGUGGGAGUUAAAAACGAAAGCUUUUUUAAUACGUUUCUAACCACAAAAAAGAAUUUGAAGUUUGACAAGUUUGCAAUCGUCAUAUUCCAUAAUGUAGAGAACACACUGCCCAGUCAUUUGCGAUACACUAUAAAAAUUAACGAAGAAAGCUACAUACAUGGAUAUCAAUCGAUGUACUUUCUGAUGAAUUCUCACAAAAACUUUGACAACGACCAUCUCCUUUUCAUGCGCGUCCAGUGGGCGAUAGACUCCAGCUACCUCGAACUGCAAGGCGUCGACAUUAAAAAAUUAAAACUGUCCGUGCACGAGGUGGACGUAUCGUCUCAGAAAAAGUUGGACAGGGAAACCAUCUCCGUAAUGGUGCACAUUGCUUGUGUCAUGUCACUUUAUAUACCCUUCGUCCUUCUAAUGGUUAAGUUGCUUCAGGAACGAUGUUCUGGCGUGCAAGAAUUGAUGAAAAUUAUGGGCGUAUCAGCAAAUUUGCUAGAUCUAUCGCAUUUCCUCGACGUGCUACCAACGGGUCUCGUUUUCAGUAUAAGUGGAACCGUAUUCCUCACUGUUGGAAAGAUAGCUGUAAUACCAGAUACAGAUCCUUUGUUAAUUUUCAUUAUGUUACUGCUGUAUUUCAUCUCUGUGAUGGCAUUUGCAUUCGCCUUCAGUUACAUUGCUAAAACUGAGAGGAAUCUACCGAUAUUGGACAUUUUCGUGCAGCACAACCCGGGCAGCGGUUCCGUAUUUGCUAGCUAUGUUAUGUUCAUACUUCAAACCAUCAUCUUUGCUUUCAUUUCCUGGUACCUUAAUAAAGUACGCCCCGGCAAAUAUGGAACUGCGCUGCCGUACACCUUCUUGUUCAAGGCUCAAUUUUGGAGCAUCAAAAAAGUUGCCCUUAUAACAAUGGACAAAGAAUACAUGACGACGAUAACCAAGGACCGCGACCCGCUCUACUUCGAGAAACCGCCGCCUUCCGCCGAGAUUGGCAUCCGCAUUACCAACCUCACUAAAGUGUACAAUGAACAGAAAGUUCUGGAUAACGUGUCAUUCGAUGUGUACAAAGGGGAAAUCACGGUGCUGCUCGGGCACAAUGGAGCUGGAAAAACUACAUUAAUGUCGAUUAUUACAGGUGUGAUAUGCGCAACAGAAGGUACAGUGACAGUAUACGGCCUGGACACGGUUCAGCACCAGAAGCAGGUGCGAAAGCUAAUCGGGCUAUGCCCGCAGGACAACAUUUUUUUCCCUCACCUAACAGUGCUCGAGCACGUCAUGUUCUGCGCUAUGUUAAAAGGCGCCAAUCGCAAGGCAGCGAAGGAAUUUUGUCUUGAACUUCUGGAUCGCCUAAAAAUUGCAGACAAAGCCAAUAAUAAGAGUGAACAAUUGUCGGGGGGCAUGAAACGAAGAUUGCAGCUCGCGUGUGCACUUGCUGGAAGAGGAAACGUGCUAAUACUCGAUGAACCUACGUCGGGACUCGACAUCAAGACUCGUCGAGAACUUUGGAACUUGUUAUUGUCACUGCGUGGUGAGCGUACGGUGCUACUGACGACGCACUUCAUGGAAGAGGCAGACGCACUAGGCGACCACGUGGCGACGCUAAACGGUGGCCAACUGCGCGCUCUUGCUACGCCCAUUUACCUCAAAAAGAACUUAGGCACCGGCUACCGCCUAUCCCUAAAGACAAUCGGACUACCCCAGAAAAAGGCUAUCACACGUCUCGUAAUGACUUACGUACCAGAAGCAACACUAAAAGAAAUAGGUCUCGACACCCUCGAAUACUCACUACCGUCCACCAGCAGCAAUUUCUCGACAUUACUCACGCAGUUGGAAAACGAACGAUCGAAACUCCGAAUAGAUUCGAUCGGAGUCGGUGUUUCGACUCUCGAGGAAGUUUUUACAAAAUUGUGCAGCGACAUUGAAACAUCUUUCACGGAGGACACUUUCGACGAUGAAUUACAAGAGUCAUCGUACCCAAUAGUGAUGGGCUAUUAUCUACUCUGGAACCAAUUUCUUGUGCUCUUGCUGAGACGUAUUAAGAGUAUGUACUGUAGGAAGUGGAAUUUCUUCUUCAUGCAAGUACUAAUACCAAUUUUAUUAAUAUUCGCCAUGACAUACAUGACUAACGAUCCAGUAAAAAGUGAUGAUGAAGACCAUAAAACGACCAUGAACUUCAGCAUGUUUAGAGACAUGCACCAACUGAAGGUUUUUUACAAACUAGACUAUAAGAACCGUGAAUUUUUAAAGACUUUUCGACCGUUUGGCAACGUUGAAUUUGAAGAAACGUCCAAUAUAAUUGAUGUGCGGUACCUCGAAUCACCUUGA